AUUCCAUUUACCUUUUAAUAUUUACUGUCAAAAGGACUUCAUAUAGAGGUCUGACAUGUACUUGAAGGACUACUUAUAAAUUUUUGAAAUUUGAAGGACUAUUCAUGGAUUUUUGAAACAAAAAAGAUCAAUCGUACACCGCUCAAAAAGUUAAAUUUGAAGAACUAAUGAUGGAUUUUAGUCCAUUUGAAAAAAAGGGAGUAAAUAGAAGGGGCCGGAAUUAUUUAUACAUGUAAAAAAUAUGAUGAAGCAGGGCUUUGGCGCAUCUCAGGACUACAAUAGGAGAGACUACGCCGGAAACAGGCAGACCGUCGGAGACGCGGCGUCGGACAUUGCCGACAAGACAAAGGAGAACACGAGAGAGGCGGCGGACAAGACCAAGGAGAAAACGCAUGAAGUGGCGGGGAAGGCGAAGGGGGGAGCGGAGGAGCUGAAGGAGAAGACGAAGGACACGGCGGAGGACGCCAAAGAGAGGGCGGGGAGGGUGGCGGACAAGAUGAAGGGGGCGGCGGAGGAGGCCAAGGAGAGGACGAAGGAGGGGGCGAGCAAGGCGGCGGAGGCGGCCAAGGGGAUGGGGGAGAAGGCGAAGGAGACGGUGGAGGGAGCGUUCGGGGCGGUGAAGGAGACGGGUCAGAAGAUCAAGGAAACCGUGGUGGGGAAAGCCGACGAGGGAUCCAAGGCGGUGGACGAGGAUGUGGAUGAGAUGAGGAGGCGCGCCGCCGCCGCCGCCGCCCGCGAGAGGAAACCGUGAAAGGAGGAAGCUGAUGCAUGGUGGUGUU